GGUGAAUAUGUUAGUGAGAUCUACUUCACCGUUUUUAUUCAACCAUGACAAGCUAAUAGUGCUAAAUUAACGGCAAAAGGCAAAUUGUAUCGAUAAUGACGUCGUUGACAGACCGGAGGAAUGCCUUGCAGUGACGUCAUUGAGUUAUCGAGUGUAAGAAGCUGAUUGGUUGUUCUAGUGAGAAGGGGCUUCCUGUCCCAGAUCGCAGAACCAUCUGAAUUCCCAAUAAUCACAAUAGUUGGAAUUUUAUAAUUCCGCAGAUGACGCGGACACACACAACUGUUACAGUAUAUUAGACGACUUACAUAAUUGAUCUUAUUUAAUCACUCAGAUCAAAUCUUCAAAAGAGCAAAGAAAUGGUGAUGGAGAAGCCCAGUCCCCUGCUGGUAGGGCGGGAGUUUGUGAGACAGUAUUACACACUGCUCAAUAAAGCACCAGACUUCCUGCACAGAUUUUAUGGGCAAAACUCAUCCUAUGUCCACGGUGGACUGGAUUCCAAUGGAAAGCUGUCGGAGGCAGUCUAUGGGCAAGCUGAGAUUCAUAAGAUGGUAAUGUCCUUGAAAUUCAGUGAGUGCCACACAAAAAUUCAGCAUGUGGAUGCCCAUGCCACUCUGAGUGACGGUGUGGUUGUCCAGGUGAUGGGAGAGCUUUCCAAUAAUGGACAGCCGAUGAGGAAGUUCCUGCAGACAUUUGUGCUGGCCCCAGAGGGUUCUGUGACCAAUAAGUUUUAUGUUCACAACGACAUCUUCCGUUAUGAGGAUGAGGUCUUUGGGGACUCUGAGGCUGAACUGGAUGAAGAGUCAGAAGAAGAGACCGAUGAGCUGGAAGAACCCGACACUGCCAGUAAUGCUAAUUACUGUGAACCCCAUCCUGUGAGCAGUAUCAAUGGUGUGGAAGAGACUCUCGUGAAACCACCUCUGGAACUGGACUCUGAAGCAGCCCCAGAACCCAAGCUCAAGGAACUGAAGUUCAAGGCUGAAGAGAAGGUUCCAGAAGAGUUUGAGGAGGAGGCCCCGUCCCCUGUUCCUGUGGAAUCACCACAGAACAUACAAGAAACACCUAAAACGUUCUCUUGGGCUUCUGUGACGAGCAAAAAUCUUCCUCUCAGUGGGACUGUGCCAACCUCUGGAGGUUCAGCGCAUGCUGUGAAAGCACCAAACUCUCAGUCCAGAGUUGAGGCCAAGCCAGAGACGUCGUCGGCUUCAAUUCGCCCGCGUGACCAACGCGUCAGUGACCGACCUUCUGUAAGCUCAAGAGGGACUAGAUCUGAUGGCAGCUCUGCAGAAUCUCAAACUGGGAAACCGUAUUUCAGCUUCAUAAAUAAAGGACGAGGCGAUGAGUCCGGUGAAAUGGACGGCAGAAGGGUCGUCCGGUAUCCAGACAGUCAUCAACUCUUUGUUGGAAAUCUCCCUCAUGACAUCGAUGAGCGUGAACUCAAAGACUGCUUCAUGACGUUUGGGAAUGUUGUUGAGUUACGGAUCAACACCAAAGGCACUGGAGGAAAGCUGCCGAACUUUGGCUUUGUUGUCUUCGAUGACUCUGAACCGGUGCAAAGAAUUCUAGGAGUCAAACCGAUCAUGUUCCGUGGCGAGGUACGCCUUAACGUGGAGGAGAAAAAGACGAAGGUCACGCGUGAGCGGGACACUCGAGGUGGAGAAGAUCGCAGGGACCCGAGGCGUGGCGAUCGUGGCCCAGCGGGACCACGUGGCGUUGCUGGGAGCGGUAUGAUGCGAGAACGGGACGGCAGGGGACCACCUUCACGAGGUGCCACUUUACCCAAACCAGCAGUGGUGUCUGGGAGAGGCACGGGUACAAACGAGGGCCGUUUUACCGCUCAGCGGCGUUGAGAGCAGCUGUGGAAGUUGAAAAAUGUUCGUUGAUUAUGAAAUUGAAAAGCUUAUGUAAAAAUGUGUACAUACUUCAGUUUCUGUCUUUUAUGUUGUCAACUUUCAUCUUUGCCUUCGGCACCACUUUUGAAAGAAUUGUCGCCCUUAUUUCUGAUCUGCCUGAAGAGGUCCAUAUAGUGCGUGGAGCAAUGGUAGAACAAAUUGUAAAACGAGAAAUUUUUAUAUUUUUUUGCUUUGAGGGACAGUUCCCCAAAAAUCCUCUCAUCAUUUACUCACCCUCAUGUCAUCCCAGAUGUGUGACUUUCUUUCUUCUGCAGAACAUAAAUGAAGAUGUUUAGAAGAAUAUUUCAGCUCUGUA